AUGGAUUUGGAAAGCUUAAACGAGCAAUUCUUGAACUACCAGUUGUUGCUGGAAGAAGAUAUUCCAGCAGAGGUAAAAGAAGUUGCCAAAUGUGCAGAAGAUGAUCCACAUUACCGAAUUGAUAUUCUUUGGGGGUAUCUGAAGGGUGUGAAGAAACCAGGUACAAAUUCACUUGAGUUUGAUCUUCUCUUCCGUGUUGCUGAAGUUGUUAUGACCAUACCACAUUCAAAUGCAGGGGAAGAGAGAAUAUUUUCUCUCAUAAACAAAAAUAAAACGCCAAGUCGCAGCUCCCUUGAGCUUAAUGGCACACUUUUCUCUUUAAUUGUUGUGAAAACCCACAUCCAAGAUCCUCUAAAUUGGCAACCAUCGAGGUGUCUCAUUGAAAAAGCGAAGAAGUCAACAAAGUUGUAUAAUGACAAACACAAAUGA